AUGACUCGUCACGUGGUUUGUAUUGGCGCUGGAUUUGUGGGCGGCCCAUUCGGCGCCAUGAUCGCAUACCAAUGUCCCGAUACACUGGUUACGAUCGUGGACAAGGACCAGCGACGAAUCGAUGCAUGGAAUUCCGACAAUCUCCCAAUGUACGAGCCCGGCUUGGAGGAGGUUUUAUCCAGCAUCCGGCAGCGACCGACACAUAUCGCACAUCACGAGUCUGGAGAGGACUUGUCAAACCUGCGAUUCUCGACGGAAAUCGAACAAGCCAUAAGCGACGCUGACAUCAUCGUAUUGUGUAUCGAUACCCCAACCAAGUCGUAUGGCAUCGGAAAAGGACUGGCGCCAGAUCUGGCAAACAUCCAAGCAGCAGUGCGGACGAUUGCGCGAGUGGCGACGAGCGAUAAGAUUGUGAUCGAAAAAUCGACCGUACCAUGUGGGACAGCUGAGUUAAUUCGCGACUUGCUGGAAUCCGGAUCAUCGCAACAAGUCCGAUUCGAAGUCCUCUCCAACCCCGAGUUCCUAUCCGAAGGCACAACCAUCACAGACCUGUUACAUCCCUCCCGCGUGCUCAUCGGCUGUCAACGAACCCCAUCUGGACAAAAAGCAGCUGCAGCGCUUUCCGCCAUCUACGAGGCAUGGGUACCCCGGAACCGAAUUAAGACGAUGGACUGCUGGUCAUCGGAACUGUCUAAACUAGCAGCCAACGCAAUGCUCGCCCAACGACUAAGCAGCAUCAACUCUCUCAGCGCGAUCUGCGAGGCUGUCGGUGGCGAUAUCGACUCCCUCUCCAUGGCAUGCGGGCUGGACCCGCGACUUGGUCCUAACAUGAUGAAGAGCGGUCUAGGUUGGGGAGGAGGCUGUUUUGAGAAAGACGUGCUGGACCUGGUUUACAUCGCGCGCACCCUAGGGCUGGACACAAUAGCAAAUUAUUGGGCGUCGGUGAUUGAGAUGAACGAAGAGCAGAAGACCCGGUUCCUGCGGCGGGUUCUCUCGUGUAUGCAUGGUAGUGUGAGGGGGAAGUCGAUUGCGAUACUCGGGUUCGCGUUUAAGAAGAAUACUUCCGAUACGAAACAGUCGCCGGCUAUCCCUGUGGUGAGGGGCUUGCUGGCUGAAGGCGCGCGGAUAUCCAUCUACGACCCUAUGGUACCCUCGACGACCAUCCUUGCCGACCUGGCACCGUUGUCGGACAGGGAACUAGCACAGGUUCACAUCUGCGAGACAGCAUAUGAUGCAUGCGACAACGCCGAUGCGGUAGCAAUAGUAACCGAAUGGGAUGAAUUCCGAAUGGCCGAACCACGGAAGCGAAGCUCCACACAAUCAACUCUAACGGACGAUGAACAGGAAUGGGCAGCACAACCACCCCCAACAUCACGAUGCCUAACGCCAGACAGCGAGGAAAACCUGUUCACGGUAUCACCGGCGACCAGAGAGCCGCUGGAUUGGGAGCAUAUCGUGAACGGGAUGCAACAUCCGAAGUUUGUGUUUGACGGGCGAAAUAUCUUGCCAGGAGAACGGAUGCAGAUGCUGGGAUGUCGAUAUGUGCGAGUUGGGCGAAUGUCGGAGUGGGAUGCGGUGCGGAUGAACCGAUACCCAUUUAGCGGUUGA